AGCAGACCGCCCAUUGAUAUACGGAAACCAUAGCAGACCCUACCAAAAGACCAAUCAUGAACCGCCCUUCGAGAACAGACGAUGACUUUGAGCAUCCUGAUUGGAACCAGAACCCGCCGUUUCUCGCUCCCGACCUCACCACUUGCGAGGACCUCAAUGGCAUUGCAAACGCCCGCGAGCAGCGCAAUGGCGCAUCAGGAGGGGCAGCCAGUGCGUUUGGGGUAUUAAAUGACGAGAAGGGGAGUUUUUUCCAAAAUUGCGACAAGCAAACCCGCGCUUGGGGGCGCAAUCCCUCUGCAAUGAGCGGUCAUCCGCCCAUUGCAGCCCCCCAGACAGUGCUAGGUGGUGAAGGCCGAGCCUGUCAUUCCCAGCCUCUGAUCCGGCCCCCCUCGGGCUGGAUUGGAUGGCUUCUCUCUGUUGUCGCUGUGUCGACAAUGGUGCACGUUGCCGGACACGGUGUACCGGUCAUGUUUUCGGGUGAUCAUCCCGUCGAGACGACCACCGCCAGUUCCAGUGCUGUUGUUCCCCGCGAAUCUUCUCUGCUCUUGAAGCAGCUCACCAAGCGCCAGGACAAUGGUCGCUGCGGUACAAAUGGCAAUGCUACCGCCGACUACAACAUGCCGCUUCAUGUGGGCGCCCUGGUUAUCAUCCUCGCCGUCUCCGGACUGGCUUGCGCUCUGCCCAUGAUCGCCCUCAAGUUCCCCAUCAUUCGCAUCCCCGAGCGCUUCUUCUUCGCUGUUCGUCAUUUUGGUACCGGUGUCCUGCUCGCCACCGCUUUCGUGCAUCUCCUCCCGACGGCUUUCAUCUCUCUUGGCGACCCGUGCCUCUCCAGCUUCUGGACUGAUGACUACCCCGCUAUGCCAGGGGCUAUUGCCCUGCUUGGAAUUUUCUUCGUGGCCGUCAUCGAGAUGGUGUUUAGCCCUGCUCGUCAGUACACCCCUCGUCCUGGGAGACAGGCCGAGGACAGUGAUGGGUCACAGGCGCAAGAGGAGCCUCCCCAUCGUCACCGGUCUACGUCCUUUGGUGGCCACUGUUCCCAGGCACCAGUACUGGCUGCUAUCACGAGGCCUUCGGGGACCACUCGCCGGGGAAGCCAGGCUGUUGUUGAGCCUGUUUCCGAGGAGAGUGUGGCGGUUGGGCGUGAAACCCCGGCCGUUUCCCCAGAUGAGAAGAUGAGGUCUAAGGAACUGCUUGGGAGCGCUGUGGAAUCCCAGCAAGUCGGCCUUACUGAGGAGCAGCUACACAAGAAGAAGAUCUUGCAGUGCAUGCUUCUCGAGGUCGGCAUCUUGUUUCACAGUAUUUUCAUUGGUAUGGCGUUGAGUGUCGCCGUCGGCGGCGACUUUGUCGUCUUGUUAAUUGCUGUUGCCUUUCAUCAAACGUUUGAGGGUCUCGCAUUGGGAGCUCGUAUUGCCUCUAUCAACUGGCAAAAGGGGAUGUUGCAGCCAUGGUUCAUGGUGUUGGCUUAUGGAUGCACGACACCUAUUGGUCAAGCCAUUGGUCUAGCCACCCACACGCUUUACGCCCCCGACUCUGAGUUUGGCCUGAUCUUGGUGGGAACCAUGAACGCCAUCUCAUCGGGACUGCUUGUUUUUGCCGCCCUCAUCGAGUUGCUUGCGGAGGAUUUUCUCAGUGAUGACAGCUGGGCUACCCUCCGCGGUCGCAAGCGGGUUGCGGCCUGCUUCCUUGUGCUUUUUGGCGCCAUUUGCAUGAGUUUAGUUGGAGCCUGGGCUUAGUGUUUGAAAGAUGGCACAUGCCACAAGGCUUUGUGAUGACUCGUCUUUUUUCGAGUUGGAAGCGUUGGAGUUUAUGGGUCUCCAACGUGAGCCCCGGGUGUACGGUGCGACUUUUUGGGUUUCUUGUUUCUUUUUCUGGGUCUUGAUGACUUGACCGUAUGGAUAUAUGACAUUUUUUGGAGGGAUUUUGAGGGGCUAUUUGCUUCAACGGAUAUAAUUUCAGCAUACAGGAUAUUCAACUAUUCUUACCAGGUAGAUUUAGAUAGGGUUCUCCUAUACAUAUCGCAGCAGCUACUUGAUGCGGCGUUUCACUUUUUCCCCCAAC